UGUGGACGUCACAGCGGACGGAUCGUACUUGUCGUCAUUGCAAUCACAGCCGCCAACGUCAGUUUCGGUAAUGUCGGGUCAGAGCUGCAUAACAAUACACAGUUAAGCGGGACUCCGGUAUCGCUUGUAGAAGUAGCAAUCAAUGUAACCGCAGGAAAGUUUCGACGACAAGAACAAGUAGAAUGAGCUAUUAUUACAUCCGGCAGUGUUAUCCUUAGCAGCGCAUAGCUCACAGGUGUUAAGUCUUAAAUGGAUAUUUACUCCUUCCUCAAUGAUGAUGACUGGAAAUAAGCAUUAGUGUGAUAAUGUGUAUGGAUCAUAUGGGAUGAGGCAGGAUUAUAACAGGCUCUUCGUCGUUUAUCAUAGUGUGCACGUGUGCAGGGACAUGAGAGUCUCCAAACAUCGAAAGAGUCGAAGCAUCAAGCAGAACUAUACCCAAGUGAAUGUGACAAGUUGUUGACAAGAACAGAUUAACGUUGCGGAUGUUGUUGUUAAUCAAAGUGCAAUUGAGUUAGGUGUUAUUAUUCAGUGUUGACAGAGACAAUCUAAAUAACACAGGUGGAUUGGAUUAUUACAUCGCAAGGAUUACAUAUCUCUUUCUCAUAAAGUUUCCAUUCCUUUGCAAGGAUAACUAAGUGCUAUCGUUGUACAAUCGGUAGCAGCGCUAUGGCUGCUCCAGGACUUGGUGCUCUGAGUGCAGGUGGCGGCGUAGGUGUCGCCGCCUGGAUCAGAGACCCACCAGGGGCAACGUCAGCUGAUGCUCGAAUUAAGCCCGAGCGUUCGACAAAUCGUCGGAACGUGCAAAAGCUCACUUGGCGUAGUUCGCACUGGGCGGCAGGAUUUGCGGCUAGUAAUAACAACAACAACAACAACAGCAGCACCAGCAGCAGUAGCAGCAGCAGCAGCAACAACAACAACAACAACAACAGCAACAACAACAACAACAACAGCGCAGGCUCGCCCACUUUAGCUUCGGGUCCCAAUGCUUCGACAACAGACGACACGAGCGGAAGGGUUCAGUCUAUGACCAUCUCAGAUGUUUCGCCUGGUCUAGCAAUUCGUCGUAUUUUGCGGUUGUUUGAAGCGUCGCAAAUGAAAGAAGCUGCCAACCUGAUCAAUCGAUUAAAUGCGGUAACAUUCCGCACAAUGUUGCCCGAUCUCCCGAUCGAAAUAUUUGUCGAAACUAUGCCCCACACCCUGCCAGUCCUGGAAGCGAUCUACGCGAGAGCUUUUCUCGCUGCCGGUGAGCCCGGAAUUGAACCGUCGCUGAAGGCACUGCGGCCUGAGGCCGUCGUUUUCCAGAUGGUAAAGCUGUUCGCGGCAGGCCACCAAGACAAAAGGGCGGCUCUGGCCCCGUCGCAGGACCAGCCUUCGCCAGGUGGAAGCAAAGACAUCUCUGACCCAAAGGACCAAGAGACGAUCCGCCCGACGACAACGACGCAACAACCGACGCCAGCUGAAAUCAUCGCCUGCAAGAAACUAUUAAAGAUAAUAGUUCUGAGUGAGCCACAGCUGCGAGCAAUAAUAUCCAGACGCAAACGUGCCUUGGAUCGUGCUGUCCAGAGUCUUGGUCAACACGGACUUGUCGGGACUUCAGACGAUGCUCUCAUGAACCUACACGAUGCACUCAAGUUGGAGUUUGAACGAAUCCUUUCGCAAUACAAGGCGGCUGUAGGCAAGCUGGAAGAACAAUGGUUGGCACCCAAGGCCCCCGUGGCGCGCAGUCUGGUGCACGGACCUGCACCCACCAGGGCAUCCCAUCAACGGCAAUUAUCUUUGCGUCAGAGCGAAAUUCAAGAACGGCUAAUCAAGAAUCAGAGCCUACUGAAUGUUCUUCAUCCAGCUCUAGCCACGCAUCGCAACCUUGAAUUGUUAUUGGCUGUCUUGCAAAGAAGGAUCGACUUCGAUAAAGAUGUCCUGUUUCAGUUCACGCAGCUACGCAAGGAGGCGUCGGAUGUUGAUGCGGAGGCGUCCAUUGUGUCUGCGGCACUCAUGUGUUACUCGUGGGGUUGCCAAAAGGUCGUAGAGCUAAUGCGAGAGGUCGAGCCCUCGGGAGGAGCCGCGAGCGACGACCCUGAAGAUGAUUCGUCGACAGAUGUCAGCGCCGGUUACCACUCUGAUUCCGACUCGAAUUGUACUCGUUCCAACUGUUUGCUCUACAGCGCGGCGCCACAGACAGCGAGCAGCGCAGGCUCAGGAAACCGCGGUACCACCCCUCACGGAAGCGGACCAAGUCCAUCCAGUCGUGCGGGUUCUUCGGGUUCAUCAGGGGUGUCAGUUAUAUCCGGUGUAUGGGAUCCCGCCAAUUUAGCUAGAGAACUUGAGGCUCUUCGUACCGAGCUGGAAAAAGCUCGACAAACCAUUAACUCGAUGCAAAUUGCGGAGCAACAGCUUAAACAAAGACUGGCAGCAGAGGCACCUCGCACAGCUGGUGGCCUCUCGGUGGCGGAUCGUGGCCUGAAUUUGGCGAAUGGACCGGCUGCAGGAGGGACGGGUACCGGUACCGUUGGAGGUCCAGGAGUGGGUGGCCUUCUGGAUAAGCGGCCUUCGGCGCUUAUUCGUCGGUACGGAGCGUUAUACGCCCAAGCGCGGAUCGAUACUCUUGACGCACUCGAGAAACUGCCACAGCUUAGUGAUUGUGACGAACUCAAAUCCAAGUUGCUUUUCUCUGUUGUUGUGCUGGCUUUCCGUUCAGUAGGAAAUACAAUUGCCGACAUGAAAUCGCAAGUGCGGCGUGCCCUACGCGUGAAAGGUGACGCUACCUCAGAUCCGUAUGCCGAAGAUCUUGAGGCCAGCGUUGAGCUGUAUCUCCGAUCAAAAGCCGAGGAUUUCGAUGUUACGAAGAACAUUCAGGACGUCUGUCAACAGAUUCUGGCAACUCUGUAUGAUUAUCCUUGUCUGAAGGAAUGCCGAGGUUUGAUCACCUAUGUAGGCGAUAGUGUCCGUCUCGCAUGGGCACUCUCCACUCAGACGCCCCCAUACAGACUGGAAUUCGAGGCACGGACGUUCCGACCCGAUUAUCAUGUGCGCUUCCAUUCAUCAAAUCAAGGAUCUGACCAUAUCUGCACCUAUCUCUGGCCCGCUCUCAUUGAAGCUGAGAAUGGUCCUUGUGUUCACAAAGGUGUCGUCAUUACAUAAUCAUUAUAGCCAAAAAUACACUGUAGUUAAGCCUUUGCCAACACGAUUUGCGACAUUUCUUCCUCAUUCACUUUUUUGCUUCAUCGCCAAACCUUCAGUCAUCAAGCUCCUGGUGAUGAUGAUGAUGUCGCCACCAAAAGCUUCGUGACAUAACUGGCUAUGACUUGGUCAGUUUCAAUGACUGAACCGUUAUUCCAAACUUAUUCCCAAUGUACGAUAAGAUAUAUUCAAAACAUGCGUGCAAAACUGGAAAACAAAGUAUCGACAAAAGGAGGUGAGAAAUCGAAAGAUAUACAGGAGGCACAAAUCAACGUACAGAACACCCUCUAUUGAAACACAUCAAUGAUGAGAUUAUUAAAGACGUCUUCCUAAGACGUAUGCAGUAUCUACGACCGAAUGAAACGGUAACAACAAGAAUAUAUCGAUACUGUCACUAUUAUUAAUAUCUGCAUAGUUGCCGAUAGUAACAAUAUUGUAACGUAUCUCUCGAUUGUUGCUAGAGUAUGGUGAUGGUGAACGUUUGUAAUAUACGCUGUGGGCAAAGCAUUCGAUAACGACACAUCGUAGAUAUCCUGAGCAACUAUACGCAGAAAGCUUUUAGCCUGUAAUCGGUGAUUACAAAUUUCUCCUUUUGAAUACCAUAGACACAAUAAUAUAGAGCAAAGAUGUCAAUAAGGAUGACAUCGUCCAGUCUUCGAAAGAGCAUUAUGUUUGAUAGGGGACAUGCCUCACUCCUUUUGUAUGCCUCUUCCAUGAGGCUUACUAGGCCUCGUUGCCCUGAGCUAUAAAGUGUCAUGCUGUUAGCGACACUUAUGGCGGAAAAAAGUUGCAAACACCGAAACAAAUUGGUUUAAGCACGCUCAGAUGUAAUUAUGUGAUCAUUUUAAGAGAGAUGAGAUACAACACCUGAAAAAAAACUUGUCAGUAGCUACAAUAACGAUUAUGUUAAGAAAAAACAUGAUUAUGACAAUAAUAACAAUGAUAGGUAGAAUAUGAUUAGCUAGUAUAGAACAUCUACAGCACAGAAGCAUGCAGAUGCAACAAGUAAGACGAAAACAUAUCGGCAAAGAAUUUAUCUAACGGCGACCUAUCAAACUGUCUUCAUGCAGAUGGUCGAAAUCAGACCAAAUCGACAACCCGAAUAAUGCACUCACGAAUGUACGCCCACUUCUCUCUGCACGAUGAGAAGCGGAUCACUGUAGCCUACGUCCUCGGAAUUUUUAAGUUGUAUAUAUACAUACAAUCUAGAUUCACCUAAACGCGUCCAUGAAUAGAUAUGCUAUUACACGAAACCCUUCUCAAACUUACCAACUACACUAUAGACGAUCGUCGCCUAAGCCGAGUAAAUACGCGUGUUUAGUUAUGUAAUGUGUGUAUUGAGGACGUGAGGCUCUGAUGCGGCGACCUCAAAUCCCUCCUAAUCAGUACUGCAAACUUCCUACUCACAACAAAUAAACGAAGAUGAAUUAUUCAAAGUUUGUGCCUGACAAUACGGAUAAGAGGAAAUGUUCUUAGAGCCCAUCGACUUGGUUCGCCGAUCCGAGAAGCACUUGUUGUUGCGCAAGCCACAUCGCUCGCCUUGGAAGCAACACGAACUGUAUAAUUGUAUUACGUCCGUACAUAACGCCGUUUCGUUUGCGAAGACUACAAACAAGAUGGAUCGUUGUUGUGUACAGUGAUCACUUAUAUACAGAGUCUACCUGUUCAGCGGCGGUCGCUGCUUGAUCAGUCAGUACCGGAUCGUGUGAAUCAUGUCAAAAUGCUAAAAAACAACUGGAGUAAUCGAUGCGACUAUUAUACAGCUAACACAGUUUGCGAGCGAGGCUACGAAACCUAUCGAGUGCUAACUUACCCCUCGGUACGUUUUCGUUGUCUUCAUAUUUAUUCCUUCUAAAUACAAAUCGUGCAGGAUAAUACGAAUUUAGCUAUUAUCUCUAACGAAUAGGGAAGGAGUAUCUGCCAACAUCUGUCUAAUCGAAUGAGGAAAAAACUAACCGAGAUUAUAGUAAGGCACAUUUCAAACUAAAGAGCGAAUGAAAGAACACAGGCAAGCAAUCGUUCCUUGUUUUUUUUCACACAUACAACUGGCCAUGUCCUUGUUAUAGUCAACACAAUUCGUGCUAGACAAUGGCGAUUUCAUCAGGCUGGCCAGCCAGCCAGCCAGCCAGCCAGCCUUUUACAACCUUGCCUGAAUUGAAAUGGAAGCAAGACCGGCUAGCAGAACUAGUUAAAAAGACUAGUCUAAUAAUAGACGGAACCGCUUCUUACUCUGCUUUGAACUGACCAUUUUUAAACAAACAAAUACACACAUAUACGAAUAUAAUUGACACUAUUAUAACAACGUUAUUGUACGUACCAUUCUUAUAUGCACACAUAGGUAUUAUACUGAUAUUAUUAUGGCAACAACAGCAGCAGUAUCAUAACGUCAUGCGCUGAUUUUACUGAUUAAAGAUAGCCAGACGCAUCAGGAUACAGACGCGCGAAGUGCUGUCGCCUGAAUGAGAAGAAAACAGAUCUAUGUACGACCCAUAUAUUUACUAUAAGACUAUUUCUGACAUCGUGAUAAUGAUGUCUAUGACGACAUAUAUAUCGUAUGAUAUAUACAUAUGCUAUUAGCUAGAUGAACGGAUCAUGAAAGCAAUUAGGAAACUGCAACCACUACAACUAAACAGUACCGACGAACACUCCAUGUGCCUACGGAAUCUACCGGUUCCAACCUAUUCCUUCUACUUGGGUCCAUCUACUUAAACGAGUCUGGCGAUUCACCAAAAAUGUUCUGUUCGUGGAUAUAAACAGUGACGAUAAUAAUCAUUCGCCAUCUUAACUCAAAAACCGACUACAUAUAUAUACAUUAAGUUCAUACAGAAGCGCCGUCUUACGGUAAAAAAGAGAUUCGAAGAAGUGUGCGUAAGGGAAGAUAAGAUGCAUGCAUAGAUGGUGGGGAGUAACCAGAGAUGCAAACUAUAUCGCUUAGCUAAGUUAGCUAGAUUCGAUACCCAAAUGUUAUAACUUAUAAGCAAGUAAUCUUAACAAGCUGCGCGUAACAACAAACACUAGUGCGAGAGCAGAGUCGGAAAAAGCUAACCAAUCGAUAGAACAGAACGUGUAUAAGAUAAAAAGACAAGUCAUAAUGACAAUAUGGUUCAUUGAUUAUGACGAUGACCAUGAUAAGAAGGAAGCAAAAACACCGCAAGUGUGCCGUGUACAUAACUAUGCUCCGUCAGUAAACGGUAGUUAAUAUCCAGUAUCACGAUGUAACGGAUCUACGUCCUGCAUGCUACGAUAUGACACAUAUAAGGCGUACAGAACCCAUUCCACUUAGGCUCCACCGUCUAAAACUUUAUCAUCACUUCGACCUCCAGUGUUCAUUAGGGAACAUUUUUUUCUUUAGAUGUUAUUGAACAAGUCCUCACUUAUAUAAGUCCGUUGUAUGACUCACAUCAACGUUGACCGACGUAUUGAUAUCGUUUUACUAUUUAAACAGUUUUCAUAGCAGGAAAUUCGGUGCACACCUGAUGCCUGUUAAGUGUGUGAUAACCUUAUGAAUAGCAAACUUCAGCGCUAUCGUUGAUUUUUUGAUAUAGGUCAAAGCCCGAAUGAUAAAAGUCGCUUUCAGCUUGAUAGGAGUUUUCACAUUAAAAAUACCGUGUAAAA